UGCUUUCCCUAACCUCUCAGGACAGCAGGAUGGAGGACAGGGUGUGGAUUGUGUGCCUUCUUGUCACUCUGACGCUGGGAUGGACUGAGGCUCAAAGUCAGGACAACUACACCAGGCCCAUCUUCCACUGUGGAGGCCACCUGGUCACAGACUCGGGCAUUGUGGCCAGUGAAGGAUUCCCCAGUGCAUACAAACCCAACAGCAAGUGCACCUGGUACAUUACUGUCCCAGAGGGUCAUGUAGUCAUGCUGUCUUUCCGCCUCUUCGACCUUGAGGCCGACCCCACCUGUCGGUACGACUACCUGGACAUCUACAAUGGUCACACCCGCUUGGUGCAAAAGCUGGGUCGUUUCUGUGGGACGUUUCGGCCCGGCGCAAUCAUCGCCACCUCCAACACCAUGAUGUUAGAGAUGGUGUCCGACGAAGCUACUGGAGGAAGAGGCUUCAUUGCUUACUUCAGCGCGGGGAAGCCACAUGUGGAAGAGAACCAGUUCUGUGGGGGACGUCUGACGAAAUCGCAGGGCUCUGUCAAGACGCCCAACUGGCCCAACUCUAAUUACCCAGCAGGCAUCAGUUGCUCAUGGCACAUCUCCGUAGAACCAAGUAAUGUGAUCGAGGUGAAGUUUGUGAAGCUGGACUUGGAGCCUGACACGUACUGCCGCUACGACUAUGUGGCGUUGUUUAACGGGGGAGAGAGGGAUAACUCUCGGCGGAUUGGGAAGUUCUGCGGGGACAGGCCUCCAGGAACAAUAGUGACAAAGGGGAAUGAGCUCCUUGUCCAGUUCAUCUCUGACCUCAGUGUGACCUCAGAUGGCUUCAUGGCCUACUACUCCAGUGUGCCUCGCGGGUCUCGGACACCAACUGCCGGGGGAGACUUCAUCUAUCGACCUCAGACCACAUCGACAACACAACGAACAGUCGUGGCACAAAGCAAACCCAACAAACCAACCCCCAAACCUAGACUGAGUCUCAAGCCUAAACCAACCCCAAAACCAGCCAAAAGACCACUGGUAAAGAAACCACUGAAACCUCCGCCACGCAAACCUACCAUCAAGCCUGGAGUCAAACCCACGGCUAAACCCAAACCAGCUAAAGCACCUGUGAAAAAGCCUGCACCUAAACCUGGAACUAAACCUACAACCAGGCCUAAGAUUAUUAAGCCAACACCUAAACCAAGCAUCAAGGUUAAACCCACACGUAAGCCUGCACUGAAGACCAAACCCACAUUGAAACCUGGGGUAAAACCAGUAAAGCCAACCCCUAAGAGCCGAGUUAAACCAAUAGCCAAACCCAAGAUUAAGCCUAAAGCUACGCCCAGACCUCGUGUUAUCAAGACGGUAACAAAGAAGCCUACUGCGAGCAAGAAACCUGUACCACUGAACCCACUGUGUACACAAGCCUGUAAGAGGACAGGAACUCUCCAAUCCAGCUUCUGCCCUCAUGACUUUGUGAUUACGGGUAAGAUUACUUCUUUGACCCCUGGUCCCAGAGGCUCAGCGACAGUGGAGGUGUCAAUAAUCAAGGCCUAUAAGGCAGGACGCUUGAACAUCGCCAAAUCAGGGCCCAUGAUGUCCGUCACACUGACCUCCACCUGCAAGAGAUGCCCCGGGCUCAUCAAAGGCCGGAACUACGUGUUGAUGGGAAAAGUGGACACACAGGGCAACGGCCUCCUCAGCCCCUCCAGCUUCACUCUCCUCUAUAAACCCAUCCACGCCAAAGCAUUGGCCAACAUCGCGAGCAAACCGUGCUGACAUCGCCGCCCAACCCAGCAAUCAGAGGGACAGCCCUGACCGUCUCUCUGAGAACAUGUAGCUUGUUGGAAAAUAUGAUGAGUGUCACCCAAACAUAAUUUUUUACACGAUGCAUGAACAGUGAUUAUAAACACAUGCAUCAGUGUUAUAUUUUGUAUUUUGUAUGUAAAUUAUAAUAUUCCUGUGAUAAAAGAUUCACUGAAUCCUGUUUUGGUGCUUGAGGUGAUUUUAUAUCUCGUUUCUGGUAUUUUCCUUUAUACAUAUAUACAGUUAUACAGUAAUGACCCGCAGUUAAAAUGUAUAUAAAGCACAUAUGAAAACACACAGAUGAUUCUUUUUAUGUUAAUGUCAUUAAAUAUACAAACUAC